AUGAGACUGGCCUUCGUCCUGGGCCGUUUUUGUCCACGUCCGGGCUUCCGAGCGCCGUCAAACGGCACCCAUUUCUACUCGACAUUCAGAAGCGCAUUUCGCACCAGCCAGACGAGGCCGCUGCCAUGGAGGGCCACUCGCUACACGAGAUAUACCCUCCGAGCAGGCGGCGCAGGUGUCGGCGCCCUCGGCACCGCCGCCUUCUUUGAACUGUCCGAAAAGGACAACGGCGGCACCGACCAGACGGGCGAGAAGCGCAUGCUCGAGGUCAGCCGCGCCGAGAUCAACAAGAAGGUCGCCGACGAUGACAGCGGCAUCUCCCGCGUCUGGCACACCCUCACCAUCACCCUCGACCUAUACGUCUGGGAGCCCCUGUGCACCGGCGUCCGCUUCCUCCACCUCCUCGUCAUCUUCGUGCCCGUCAUCUUCGCUGUCCCCGCCAUUUGGCUGGGCCGCCGCCGCCCCGAUCGUGACAACGAGCGCACCGGCACCCUUUGGUGGUACGGCUUCCUCGUCCAGUCCAUGGAAUGGGCUGGCCCCGCCUUCAUCAAGCUCGGUCAAUGGGCAGCCUCCCGCACCGACAUAUUUCCCACCGAAAUGUGCGAAAUCAUGUCCAAACUCCACUCCAACGCACCCGCUCACUCCAUGUACGAUACCAAGCGCAUCGUCUCCGCCGCCUUCGACGGCCGGAACUUCGACGACAUCUUUGACGAGUUUGACGAGAAGCCCCUCGGCGUCGGCGCAAUCGCCCAGGUCUACCGGGCUAAACUGAAGCCCGGUCUUGCCGCCCCCGGUGACAAAGAUAUCGACGAAACGCCCAAACCACUUCGUCACAAGGUGGCCAAGAACGUUGAGGCUGCCCUCAAGAGCACACCCAAGCGCGUCCCCUCAUCCUACGUCGCCGUCAAGGUGCUGCACCCGCGCGUCGAGAGGACCGUCCGUCGAGACCUGCGCAUCAUGCACUUCUUCGCCUCCGCCCUCAACCUCAUCCCCACCAUCGAGUGGCUCUCCCUUCCCGACGAGGUCGCCCAGUUCGGCGAGAUGAUGAAGCUCCAACUCGACCUCCGUAUCGAGGCCGCCAACCUCGCAAAGUUCCGCAAGAACUUCAAAGACCGCACCACCGCCUGGUUCCCCUACCCCUACACCGAGUUCACCACCCGCAGCGUUCUCGUCGAGGAGUUCGCUCAGGGCAUCCCGUUGGCCGACUUUCUCGAGAACGGCGGCGGCGUGUUCCAAGAGGACAUCGCCUCCGAGGGCCUCGACGCCUUCCUGCGCAUGCUGCUGAUCGACAACUUCGUCCACGCAGACCUGCAUCCCGGCAACAUCAUGGUGCGCUUCUACCAGUCUCACGAGCCCGAGCUCAAGUUCCGCAGGAACACGGGCAAAGGGCACCCGGAGGAGCAGGACGACGUCACCGAGCAAGUCCUCGCCAGGCUGCGUCCCUAUCGCCACCGCAAGAACCCCGCCGCCUGGGCCGCCGAGCUCCAAAAGAUCGACGACGAGGGCUUCCGUCCGCAGCUCAUCUUCAUCGACACGGGCCUCGUGACGGAGCUCAACGAGACAAACCGCACCAACUUCCUCGACCUCUUCCGCGCCGUGGCCGAGUUCGACGGCUACAAGGCCGGCAACCUCAUGUGCGAGCGCUGCCGCCAGCCCGACGCUGUGCUGGACAAGGAGGUGUUUGCCUUGAAGAUGCAACACCUCGUGCUUGGCGUCAAGAGCCGCACCCUGGCUCUGGGCAACAUCAAGAUUGGCGACAUUCUGCAGGACGUCCUCGGCAUGGUCCGCCGCCACCAUGUGCGCCUCGAGGGCGACUUUGUCAACGUCGUCAUCAGCAUCCUCCUCCUUGAGGGCAUUGGCCGGAGCCUGCACCCCGAUAUGGACCUGCUCAGCAGCUCCCUGCCGAUCCUGCGCCAGUUGAGCGCCCAGAGCGGCACCGAGAUGGCCAAGCAUGGCGACUUCAGCAUGCUCGUGGUGUGGGCCGGCCUGGAGACCAGACGGUUCUUGCAGGCCAGCAUCGAAGACGUCGAACGUUGUGUCAAGUACGAUCUCCUCGCACCAAAUGUAUAA